GUGAGUGUUCAGCCUGCACUCCCCUGUCUGUCCACGCGGGGCGCUGCUGUGCUCCGUGAACUUUGUUCCAGUGUCUGACGGGCGUGUUUGCUCUCUGAGCCUGUCCUCUGAGUCGAGUUACUCCUCAGGGAGGAAAGGACAUGGACUUAAGUUUGACAGGAUGGAUCUACUUUGGUGAGAGUACGGAUACCUGACGAGAUAAAGCACCUUUCCUCCCCCCACAGUACAGGGCGACACUACAUCUGAGCCACAGGACUGUUCUUGCGCACCUCAGGGCACAACGUGGAGAAGAUGGAGGACUUCUGGGCGGGAGCACUCUGGACGAUGAAGAUCUGGCUGUACCUGAUCGUCGGCCUCAUCAUGAUCCCAGCCAUGUUUGGCUUCUCACUGGGCAUCUCUGAGACCUACAUGACCAUCCUGGUCAAAACCUUAGAGUGGGCCACUCUGAAGAUCCAGAAGGCACAUGCUGAUGAGCAAACACUCAAAACCUCUCCAUCUAAUGGUCUCAUCCAGAGGGAAGAUGGCUCUAUGGAGAAAGAGUUAGAGGAGCUUAGACGCAGUCGCAAACCCAAACCACUCGUAGGAGGUGAUUUUAGCCUCAGUGACUGUUUCUAUUUCAGCCGGAGAGGAAUUGAGAGCAUCAUAGAGGAUGAGGUGACCCAGCGGUUCACGUCGGAGGAGCUGGUGUCCUGGAACUUACUGACACGCACCAACAAUGACUUCCAGUACAUCAGCCUCAGACUGACGCUGGUCUACGGCCUCGGCAUCUUUGUGAGAUACUGCAUCCUCGCCCCUCUCAGGAUAACACUGGCCUGCAUCGGUCUCACCUGGUUGGUCAUAGGAACAUCUGCAGUGGGAAUACUUCCAAACUGGCGGAUUAAGUUCUGGCUCAGCGAGUGGGUCCAUGUGAUGUGCUACAGGAUCUGUGCUCGAGGACUCUCCGCCACCAUCCGUUAUCACAACAGGGAGAAUAAGCCCAAAAAAGGAGGAAUCUGUGUCGCCAAUCACACAUCUCCCAUCGACAUUGUGAUUCUCUGCAACGAUGGGUGUUACGCUAUGGUGGGUCAGGUUCAUGGAGGUUUGAUGGGAGUCGUCCAGAGAGCCAUGGUGAGGUCCUGUCCUCACGUCUGGUUCGAGAGAGCCGAGAUGAAAGAUCGCCACCUGGUGACCAAAAGGUUGAAGGAUCAUGUGAAUGACAAGACAAAGCUUCCCAUAUUGAUAUUUCCAGAGGGAACCUGUGUCAACAACACAUCCGUCAUGAUGUUUAAAAAGGGAAGUUUUGAAAUCGGAGCGACGAUAUACCCAGUGGCCAUUAAGUAUGACCCAAAGUUUGGAGAUGCUUUCUGGAACAGCUCCAAGUACAGCAUGGUCAGUUACCUGCUGAGGAUGAUGACGAGCUGGGCCCUCGUCUGCAACGUCUGGUACCUGCCAGCCAUGCACCAACAGGAGGGCGAAGAUGCUGUCCAGUUUGCCAACAGAGUUAAGUCGGCCAUCGCUCACCAGGGAGGCCUGCUGGAUCUCCAGUGGGAUGGAGGCCUGAAGAGAGCCAAAGUGAAGGAGUCAUUUAAAGAGCAGCAGCAGAAGCAGUACAGCAGCAUGGUGGUGGGAGACGACAGCAGCAGCAACAGUGACUGAGGUCUCCCACAGCACACUGUACAGAUCCCUGUUUUUGGAGAAUGUCCACUGGAAACAGGCCACUCUCCUCCAGUAUGUUCCCAUCAGCUGGACAUUUCAGGGGAGCACUGCCAAGUGGACUUAAAACACAAUGUGAAACCUUAGGUACAUCUAAGAGGAGGAGAGUCUCAGUGAUUCACAGCAAACACAAGUGCAAUAUGAACUUUAUGAGAAGCUGAGCUGAGCUCUCUGUUUUAACCGCUGCUGAAAAUACCGUGGCUGCUGUUUUGAUUGAAUGAUAAUGCUGAGAUAAUGCUUUGAAAGAAAUGUGUGAUCGCAGAAAAAAAAACACUGGAUCCAUGAAUGUCUCUACUCCAGGGGUAUCUGACAUCGCUGUGUUGGUCCCGGACCAUCCUCUGAAAUUAUUAAAACCCAUAUCUGGAUGACGCCGUCAUGGCUGAAUAUGUUAGGUGUAGAACUCUCGUAUCUUGAAACAUAUCUUUAUACUGUUCACUUAUAAUUUUACACUUUAGUUAAUUCAUUAUUUUCUACUUCUUUUCAGUUUUCUGUCACUGUAGGUUUUAAGAAAACAUGGUUUGGGUUCAUAUAGACACUUUCACAAAGUUGAACACAUGUUAGAAAAGAUAACUUCACCUCACUUCUUUUUCCCGGAGACACAAAGCAAUAACAUUACAAAACACGACUGGUCUGUUGAAAUGCUGGUCCAAGAGCAGCAUUAGAGAUGAUAGUCCAGGAAAAACCCCAACACGGCGAUAUCAGACAGCCCCUACUCUCACAGUUGACUCAUUCAUGUGCCGUUCAUUGUUUUAUUUUUAAUAAAUCUUUGUUUACAAUUUUAA